GAGGGCAGAAUCAAGCAUGUCGCUAGGUGGCGUUUCUAAUUAUAUUUUCUCUUCUUUUUCUUUUUAUUAAACUCAAGGUAGGUUCCGAAGGUGAAGGUAGACUAUUCAAGAUGUCUAAGUACGGAGCAUUAUGUAGUGUAUUUAUAAUGAUAGUGGUCAUAAUUGCUCCGUACGUGGAAUGUGGGCCAGUAGGCACAAAGUUGGGCUAUAAAUCUGGCAUAUUUAAAGAUUUUGUAUCCGAAAAAACGAGAGUGUCUCUGUCUUGCCGAUCCAACGAUAUUCUCGUCAACUUAAACUUCUCUGACCCAUUUCGCGGACUAGUACACGCCGGGAAGAAGGACAGUGGUUGCAGUUUUCGUGGUGAUGGCAAACUGUCGUACUCACUUAAUGUCCCUCAUGCUGCAUGCGGAACCAUACAUGUGACUCCUCAAGACAGUUUUGCUAAUACUCUUACAAUACGUUAUCACCCAGCUUUGGAAUUAGAAGGUGAUGAGAUAAAAACAAUUCUUUGUAAGUAUGGUACAGGCAGCAUUCAACUUGGAUGAAAAACAAGCAAGAAAAAAUUAUGCAAACAUUCAUUAACCGUCUACAGUAAAAUACCUUGCAAAUACCAAUUUAAAAAAAUAAUUCAAGUAUUUUCAUUGAUAUUUUUUAAAUAAUUAUUUUCAAUAUAAUUCUAAAAAAUUAACAAUGUAAUAGAAGGCCAGUUAAUUAAUAAAUGAUUAAUUAAUU